UGAGAAAGUGUGUCUUGUGUUUUUCUCAUGCGCGACGCCCUGACGCACGGCCUCUUGAAGCGCGACAAGUACUGACUACUCCCAUCUUCUCAAAGCAUAACUUCUCGACACGAUACCCUUCAAAAAUGGCAAACGCAACAUCUCCUGAACCGCCCACCAGACUAUCACUUGGACAGCCAGUUCCAAUCGCAUCACAUUUUGUGCCAACGAGUAGCACCCAUAGCUCAUCUUCUUCAGCAAAUAAUGCCAAUGCUACCGCUUCUUCCUCUUCUCUCGUCAAUCCAACAUCUUUAGCACUUUCCCUACCGCAUUCCGAUCAUUCAGUUCCACUAAUGAUCGAAAUGCCAAAUGUACUACGCAAUAGUGCAAGAAGGAAUUUGAAAAAGCGUAAAAGGGUGAUCGAAGAAAUGCAAGAAGCAGGCUUAAGUGUUGAAGGAUUAACAGUUUCAGCCGGACCACAAAAUGAAGAUGAAGAAGUGAUAAAACGAUUAGAAGCAAUCGGAUCACAUAUUGGUUCAACGUUUGUCGAACGUCUUUCACGUGAACGGCCUCCGUUUUCUACAACUUUGGACGUUUUGAAAUUCAUCUGUAAGGAGCUUUGGACUGCAAUUUGGGAUAAACAAGUCGAUAAUCUCAGGACGAAUCAUCGUGGAGUUUAUGUUUUGCAGGAUAACGUUUUCAAACCUCUUUUGCGUCUUUCCGUUCCUGCUCAAGGUGUAAAUCCAUCAAGUGAAUUGGCACUUGCUUCCCGGGUUCAGCUGGCAAUGCCUACGGGUAUGAUUCGUGGUGCUUUGGCCCGUUUGGGCGUUGCUAGCACAGUAGUGGCAGAAAGUAGUCAAGUGCCACAAUGUACAUUUCAUGUCAAAACAACAACUCAAAGGUCGUAAAUGCAAUCAUUGAUGUGUGAAUUUUUUUAAAUCGUACAUGAGUAUGUAUUUGAUCGCGUCCGAAUAGUAGUACAGAAGCAUU